UUGCAAGUACUCCGCACUGCCGAGUUUCGCCACUUAUGGCUUCCUGGGCUCCCGGGCUGAAGUGAUUGCGUUGACGAUUAACUUAUCUCCGACGAUGGCUUCGUUUUUCGGUUUAGACAAGCUUCAGCGGCUCUCGGCUAUCAUCAAGCACAACGGUGGCAUAGCGAAGUCUGCGUUCAAGCUUUUUCGAAUGGAUGAUCUACGAAUGGGCACUCUUGUUGGCGUUGACAAGUACGGGAACAAGUACUACGAGGACAACAGGUUUUUCUUUGGUCGCAAUCGCUGGGUGGAGUAUGCAGACUACUACUACUUAGACUACGAUGGUAGCCAGGUGCCGAGUGAAUGGCACGGCUGGCUGCAUUACAUGACCGACCUGCCACCCACCAAGAAUCCUCCUCCGCAGUACAAGUGGCUCGCCCCGCACACAGAGAACAUGACGGGCACCAAGGACGCCUACAUGCCCUACAGCACCGUCCGCCCCAAAAUUCAGCCGUGGGUGCCACCCAAGACUGCCAGGAAGUGAACACACUAAAAAGGAAGUGCAUUGUAGACCUGUGCUGUUGUAGGUGUAUCAAGUGCUGCGAUCGCUCACUCUUGACUGUACAUACUAUAAUUGAGUCAAUAAACGGACUAACACCA